GCCCCCUCCCCCCCCUCCGCUCCCGGACCCGCCGGUGGGGUCUGGAUCCCACUGUGCCGUCGCCGCCUCCUUUUUCGACGCCUUCGCCGCCGCCUGAGGAGGCGACCCAGUCGGGAGUUCCGCCGCCGCUGCCAGGAUGGAUAGAAUGACAGAAGAUGCUCUUCGCCUGAAUCUUUUGAAGAGAAGUUUGGACCCAGCAGAUGAGCGAGAUGAUGUCCUGGCAAAACGACUCAAAAUGGAGGGUCAUGAGGCCAUGGAACGUCUGAAAAUGUUGGCACUUCUCAAAAGGAAAGAUUUGGCAAAUCUUGAGGUGCCCCAUGAGUUACCUAGUAAACAAGAUGGGAGUGGUGUCAAGGGUUAUGAAGAGAAACUCAAUGGAAAUCUCAGGCCUCAUGGAGACAAUAGGACUGCUGGAAGGCCAGGCAAAGAAAACAUCAAUGACGAGCCUGUGGAUAUGAGUGCAAGACGGAGUGAACCAGACCGAGGAAGGCUAACUCCUUCCCCAGACAUAAUUGUUUUGUCUGAUAAUGAGGCUUCCAGUCCCCGGUCCAGCUCCCGGAUGGAAGAGAGACUCAAAGCAGCCAACCUAGAGAUGUUUAAGGGGAAAGGCAUUGAGGAACGGCAGCAGCUUAUCAAGCAACUGAGAGAUGAGCUACGACUGGAGGAAGCUCGUCUGGUGCUGUUAAAGAAACUGAGACAGAGUCAGCUGCAGAAAGAGAAUGUGGUCCAAAAGACUCCAGUUGUACAGAAUGCAGCAUCUAUUGUUCAGCCAUCUUCUGCACAUGUGGGACAGCAAGGCUUAUCUAAGCUUCCCUCCCGGCCUGGGGCUCAAGGGAUUGAACCUCAGAAUUUGAGAACAUUACAGGGUCACAGUGUCAUCCGUUCAGCAACCAACACAACCCUUCCACACAUGUUGAUGUCUCAACGUGUUAUUGCACCAAAUCCAGCCCAACUUCAGGGCCAACGGGGGCCACCGAAGCCUGGCAUAGUACGCACCACAACACCUAACAUGAAUCCUGCAAUCAGUUACCAACCACAGUCAAGCUCUUCUGUUCCCUGUCAGCGCACAACGUCUUCUGCCAUCUAUAUGAACCUUGCCUCCCAUAUCCAGCCAGGGACUGUGAACAGAGUGUCCUCACCACUUCCUAGCCCCAGUGCCAUGAGCGAUGCUGCCAACUCACAGGCUGCAGCCAAAUUGGCUCUUCGAAAGCAGCUGGAAAAGACGCUCUUGGAGAUACCACCUCCAAAACCUCCUGCUCCCUUGCUUCACUUCCUGCCUAGUGCAGCCAAUAGCGAAUUUAUCUACAUGGUAGGCUUGGAAGAAGUCGUACAGAGUGUCAUUGACAGCCAAGGCAAAAACUGUGCCUCACUGUUGAGGGUCGAACCCUUUGUCUGUGCCCAGUGCCGCACAGAUUUCACCCCUCAUUGGAAGCAAGAAAAGAAUGGUAAGAUCCUCUGUGAGCAGUGUAUGACCUCCAACCAGAAAAAAGCUCUAAAAGCUGAGCACACCAACCGGCUGAAAAACGCUUUUGUUAAAGCCCUGCAGCAGGAACAGGAAAUUGAACAGCGAUUACAGCAGCAGGCAGCACUCUCCCCUACUACAGCUCCAGCUGUCUCCAGUGUCAGUAAACAGGAGACCAUCAUGAGACAUCAUACGCUUCGGCAGGCUCCACAGCCCCAGAGCAGCCUCCAGCGUGGUAUACCCACAUCUGCCCGCUCCAUGCUUUCAAACUUCGCACAGGCACCCCAGUUGUCUGUGCCAGGAGGCCUCCUUGGUAUGCCAGGUGUCAACAUUGCAUACUUGAACACUGGCAUUGGAGGACAUAAAGCUCCAAGUUUGGCAGACCGACAGCGCGAAUACCUUUUAGACAUGAUCCCUCCCAGGUCUAUAUCGCAGUCCAUCAGUGGGCAGAAAUAACGGCUGUUCCACUUGUGCUGCCCACCCUUGAAUCCUUUACCCACUUCUCCCAUUGCCCCCAACUUCCGUCGCAUGCAGUGCCUGUACUGGUGCCUACCAUACACGGAAAGCAAAACUGAAAAAAACAGAAGACGAAAUAGACAUCAACAAGAAAACACAUGCCCCCACCCCGCCAACUCCCCUUUAUUUCAUACUGCUGCGAUCUGUUUUCCUGCUGCUCUGUCUUCUCUCUUCAAUUUCCUUUAACAGUGAGGUGGAUCUUUGCCUCUGAUAGAGGUCAGAAUGAGGUCCUGGGGAGAAUUUAAGCCCUUUGAUGUGUGUUUCUAAAGUUUGUUUUAUGCUGUAAUUAUUAUCAUUUUUAAUUAUAUUGUAUGUCUUCCCUUUGUUCUGUGGACGGUUAACUCCCCCCCAUCUUCUGAUUUCUUUCCUACCUCCCUCUGCUAAUCCUCCCUCUUUUUUAAAUAUAUGUAUGUAUGUAUGUAUAUAUAUACAUAUAUAUAUAUAUAUAUGCAUAUAUAUACAUAUAUAUGAUAUACAGUUCAGUGAUCGCAUGCAGAUUGCAGUGGAUCCUCAGCUUCCAAGUAGGAAAUAACAGAAUGUUAGGGACAGAGAUUUUGAAUGCACUUAACCUUGAGUUGUGGAGUGGAUAUCAUCAAGUAAGUAGGAAUAGCAUCCCAGCUAUGGUUGGUCAGGGUCUGGACAGUUUGGGAGGCAAUGUUUUAGUAAUGAAGUUGAAUUCUUUAAGAAUGAGUAAAAGCCUGGAGGGAGAAACUUAGAAAAAACUACCUGUAGUUUAACCACAGGAGACAGGGGAAAAGGUGUGAUGUAAGUUUAAUAGUGUCCCAAAGAGGACUGUGACCAGGUCCUGGCCUUCUAGUUGCUGGGGAUGUAAAAUUGGUCUCCUGACUCCAGUGAGGACACAAAAGUCUGUUCCAGGCCAACCAUCUUGACAUUGUUUAUCUUACUUUCUUUGUAAAACUGUCUCCCAUUACAUAUCAUACCUUUACAAAUGUUAAUCUUCUUUCUCACCGUAAUCCCAGAGGAAUGGCUGCUUCCAGGCUGCAGGUGGCUGGGUAUCCUAGAAGUUGGAGUGGGUAUAGGUGAAUCACAUGAAAGGAGAAACUAGACAUAGAAGAAGAAGAGGUUUCUCAGGAGUUGAGAUCCCUGCAUUUUUCUCUCCCUGUACCCUCUGAGUGCUAAGAGAUAUGGGUGUAGGCCCCUGAUGAGGUUUGUCCCACUCUGACUCUGCCACACUGGCUGUAGAUCCAACUCCUCAGAGCCAAGCAGCUUGUCAAACCAGCUUUGGACCUCAGCUAUACAAGUAUUGUCUUCCCCCAAGCUCCUCUCCCCCAGAUUUUAUUCAUUUUGCCAUUUUGUUUUAUUCUUUUUCUUAGGAGCUACUAAUGUAGAAACUGAAUUGAAUUGUGCAAUGUUGCUGUUCUGGGGUUAGGGAGAUUAGCAUCCUGUUUGCCCAUAUUGUGGCAAGGAGGAGGGGACCAAGCUGUUUUUGAGGUAAGGGAAGCCUGAAAAGGAAGGGUUUCUGCAUUCCUCAGAGUGGACAUGCACCCGCCUCUACAGCUCUAGAAGCCGACAGAGUGUACUGGGGACACUUUGAGCAAAGACGUGUGAGGAGUUGUGUAUUGUUUUGCCCUUGAUAACCACCUGAGGAAAUUCCCUCAUUCUUAUUUUUAAAAACUAAGUAAUUUUUUUAAAGUAAGAAGGCACUUUUAAAAUUAUACAUACACACAAACCACACCUUUCCCAUAAAAUUUGGGGGUAGGGUGGGAAAAGAAGCUAAAUCAAGCUCAAUUCCCCACUCUGGUCUCUUUUCCCAAUACUCCAGUGCCACUGUGGGUGAUUAUACUGGCCCUACGGGCCUUCUUGGCUUUUUUCUUUUCUCCCUUUCCCUCAGAUUCAUUGAGCACUUAAUAAAGGAGCAGAGAUGCAGCUGUGUCUGGGCUCCCCAAGUGGUGAAGUGACCUGGAAGCUAGAUGCUAGUAACAAGUAGUUUGAGAGGGUCAUUUCAAGUAUUUUUCUGGGGAAUGUGGUGCCCCUGACUGUAAGUGGUGGGGGAGGGAGGGGGGCUAAUGGAGCUGGGUCUGGGAUUAUUUUAAAAUUAUAUAUAUAUAUAUAAAUAAAUAAAGAUAUAUUCUUACAUCUUUUCUUUGCCCUCUGUGCUUUGAAAGCACUGGAUAAAUUGAUUUUGUUUUUCUCUUCCACAAAAUUGGAAGAUGUUUUCCUCCAUUUUUAAAAUGUUUUUCUUACCAGUCAUCUUGCCUUGUGGCAUGUCUGUCUAACCUCUCCCUAUCCCGUGAUGAAGUGCCAUUUCUGUUAAGUCUCCCUGACCCCCAACUCAGAGGUGCUCAGAGGUACAAGGUGCCCAAGUUUGUCAGUUGAGAUUAAAAGGAACAGAGAAUGUGCAAUACCGUCCAACUGGGGCUUGUCCCUGCCCUGAGCUAGGUCCUCUCCCUGGGAGCCAGGCCACUUUAAAUAGGGUUUAGAAGGAAGAUGUAUAGAAAUGGGGAAUGGUGGGGAAGGAGAGCCCAUAGUCAGUGCCUGUUUAGGUGCUGAGGCCAUAGGGAAGAGGUAGAAUUUUCCCUGUCUUUAUCCCUUCAGGGUUAAUUACAUAGAAGCUGCUUAAAGUACUAGUAUAGCUCUGUGGCCCUUUGCUCAGUCGCUGAGGUUUGAUUUCUCAUCCUCUCUUUCCCCAUUAUCUUACUCUUCCCAGGAAUUAGUGAGGGGGUGAAAUCUUUCUUAAUCAUGGUAAAGUAUUAGCCUUCAUCUCCUCCCUUAGCUCCUGCCCCUGUUCCCCUUUCUUCAAGCCUCUAUAUUUUACAUGACUGAUUGCCUUGUUUCCUUCCAAACCUUCUUUUCAACUCUCCUCAGGCCAUGGGCCCCUUUAGACACUAACCCUCAUGCCCUAAGGACCACAGUUGAGUGGUCCUUUACCAUUGGACUUGGACUCUCAGGUGUCGGUAGAGUGGAGAUCUAACCAGGACAGUCUGGCUUCCUCUAGACCCUGGGGCACUAACAAGCAGUCACUCAUGGAUUGUGUCUUACUCCACAGAGACCUGAGAUGGGUAGAUUAGUGGCAAGGCUGGGGUAAAAUUAGGAGACAGCGGUCCUUAUUUGUCAGUUUUAUUUUGUCACUUCACCACAGCAUCUGAACUCCCUCCAUUGCUGAAUAAGUAUUUUUCCUGCAUUUUGGGAUAUAUGUAUGGUAGACAUUUCUUUUUAAAGACACCAAGAUAAAUGUUUUCCUGCCUUGGUUACCUUUCCUUGCCCCUUUAAAAGGAAUUAGCUAUAGAACUGCUUUGUAAAGAUGCUUCUUGAUAUUUUACUUUUGUUCCUUUUUCCCAAACCAUUCCUAUUUCUCCCUUUUUUCUAGAAGGCAUAACCCUUCUCUCCACAGCCCUACCCUACUUACCCUAGGCUCCCUUUUCAUCAAGGUCUUCAUUAGCUUAUGAUAUUUGCUGCCGAGAUGUUAUAACAAGGACUCAUUCAUGUAUAUAAGCUAUUUCUUGAUCCAUUUAAAAGGAAUUGUACAUUGUGUAGAAAAAAAAAAAAAACCUGAAAAAAGAGGGAAAAAAAAAAGCCCUAGCCAUGGA